AUGGGGGCGCGGCUGGGCCGGCGGUCCGGACCCGAGGCUGGCCCCGAGGCUGGGGCGGCGGUGGGGUGUGGGCCCGCGCCCUAUGAGCGCCGGGUGCGCUGGCUCCGCGAGAUCCAGUCCACGCUCCGCGAGCGGCGGCCCGAGCGCGCCCGGCAGCUGCUGCGCCUCCUGCGCCAGGACCUGGGCCUUGAGGGCACCCUCCUCACUGACAUCCUCUACAGGAACGUGGCCUUCCUCAACCUGGUGGACCCCAUCUCCCACGACCUGCUUGUGAACUUGGCCCGGGACCUGCAGUGCCCCAAGGCGGACUAUGAGCUCUGGAAGUCCUCGGACAAAAUUUGCCGGCAGCUCAUCUACCACCUCACCCCUCACUCCAAGCGGCAGAGAGAGUCCAGCCUGCCCCAGAAGAAGACCCAGAGCUGCCUCAAGAGCAGCCUCCAGAAGACUCUGCUGGCAGGGGAGACUGUGAACCUUUCAGGGAUCCCGCUGUCAACACGGGACGUGGAGCACAUAAAGCGCUACCUGGGCAGCCAGGGCGCUGGGCUCACAGCGCUGGACCUGAGCUUCACAGGACUGAGCGACGAGCUGCUGCACCUGCUGCUGCCCAGCCUGUGGACGCUGCCUCGCCUUUCCCAGCUCCUGCUCAACGGCAACCGGCUGACACGGGCUGCUGCCCGUGAGCUCACCGAGGCCGUCAAGGAUGCGGCCAAGUUCCCUGCGCUGGCCUGGGUGGACCUGGGCAACAAUGAGGACGUGGCCUCCCUGCCCCAGCCCCUGCUGGUCGGCCUGCGCCGGCGGCUGAACCAGCGCACCUCGCUCCCCACAAUCUAUGAAGGUCUGGACCUCGAGCCCGAGGGCAGCACAGCUGGGGCCACCACUGCCGCCUCCACCUGGGGCUCCGCAGCUGCUGGGCCAGGGUCCGGGUUACAGGCCUGCUGUACCAGGUGACCGCCCCCACCCUGGCUCCUGCCGCCUGGCUGACAAUGCCCCCAAGCACCUGGGAUGGGGACGAUGGAGGCCCUGGAGGCCCCCCAGAUCCGCAGAGAUCCAGUGCACAGCCUGGGAUUCAGGGGAUGGAUGGAGAAUGGGCUCAUCAGAGGCUCGAGGGUCAGCCCAGGCUGGGGUCUCAGCCUUUCCUCAGCAGGAGGGGUCCAGCGCCUGCUGUGCAGACCCCACAAUAAAAGGCGAU